AUGUCGUACCCCAAGGUCAUAGAAGCGCAGUUCGGCGCCCAUAUCGAAUCGGACGGCGGCUUCCAGUACCUCGCCUGCAGCGGCGAUCGUUCGGAACAGAUUUACCAGCAGGCACAGGCCCUGGAGGGCAAGCUCGAUUUCGUCACCUUUACCUCUGGUGGAAACGACCUUUGCCUGUCCAAGAUGAUCGCGGAUUGCAUCAUGCUACCCUACGGCAAGACAUCCGCCUGCGAGACCGUCAUCGCAAAGGCCCAAGACAAUGUCAAGAAUAUCAUCACGGACAACAUCUAUCAGAUUCUGGAAGCCCUCAACGAGAAGAUGAACGAUGACGGCAUCGUCGUCGUGAACAGCUAUGCUCAAUUCUUUGACACGCAGAAGGACAAUUGCGAUCGCCAGUCGUGGGAUCUCUGGUGGUUCCUCCCAUUAGGUGCCUCAUACCGGGCUCUCACCAUCGAACGUCGCCACGUCUUCAAUCAGCUGGUGCUUGACAUCAACCAAGCCAUCCGCGACGCGGUCGAUAAAGCCGCCGAGAGUGAAGAUAUCAAGUACAAGGUUGGCUACGCCGACUGGGACGUCUGGGUCUCGACGGUGGUGGACGGCCGAAUGUGCUCGCCGAGCAGCAACGGCGACUAUCCAGACGCCAAGCAGCCGGACAUGCACUUCAUCAAGCCAGACACGCACCCCUGGGAUGAGUGGACCGACGAUUUCGAGCGGUCAGAGCUACGAAAGCGUGAUAUGGGUCUCGAAGAGAUGCUGAACUCGACAAGGCUGUCUAAUUCGGAGAAACGCAGACUGAAUCGUGUCAAGGCCAUGAUGGAGGCUCGUGACCGCAGUCUGGAACGCACACUCUACGACUCUAUUCUCUAUAAAUCACCUGACCCACGUGCUGCCGUCAGACACAAGCUCGACUCCCGGGCACCCGCGCCACCAGACUGCCCCGGGGAUGGCGGCUUUGACUGGACGUUCGGCAUGGGCAUGCCCGAUCACGUUGCUCAAAAUUUCCAUCCCAAUGAAGCUGGUCACCUGACCAUCGCGUCCUUUGCCCUCGCUGAACUCAUGGACCUGCGAUCAAUUGUCCUGGGCGUCGAUUCUCCAGCAUGCAACGCCGUCACGAACGAGUUCACUUGUUACUCAGAUACCGGUAGUAAGUUCUACGUCAGUGGAAACCGCACCAAUGAGAAGUAUGAGGAGUUUUGCAAGGACGUCGACGAAAAUCACGACAAGAACAAGGUCAACUGGAGCUUCUCCAAGAGCUACGACGUAGGCACACCUGAAGAGUACGACUUUACCGUCACCCUUGGCAAUGGGGUUUCGGCAUUCGACAAAGACGAAUGUAUCGACUCGAUGGAGCACAUUAUCAACGCGUGCGAUACAGAAGACAAUCCCAUGAGCUGGAAAGGUGGCGGCCGGUACAUUCGCGGUGGUGGAGACUACAAAUAUGAGCUCAACCCUCGCCGUGCCAAUCGCAUCUGGCCACCGCCAAAGGCGCCUUACGGCCGCUGCGAAGGCUGGUACAAGGGGUUUCACAGCCGAUAUAAGGUCCAAGGUACCGGCUUCUCCACAUGGGAUCACGGCAAAGAGACCCUUCGGCCCAACAUGGACAACUGCUAUGGACUUGGCACGACGCUCUGGAAGUUUGUGUAUCAUGACAAACCAGCUGAGCAUGAGAACUUCGAAUGGUAUGCUACCUUCAGUACGCCACUCUGGGUUCGCGCGCGCUGUUGGGCCAAUAACAAGAUUGUUAAGGCAGCGCAAGGGUGGACGAACGGUUGCGGUGGUAAUGAUUAA